UGGGGGAACGACGGCGAAGUAACAACCAUAGUUAGUGGAAAUGCGGGGCAAAGAGAAACGCCAGUAUGGGCGCGAUCGAACCAGUAUGAUGUGGUUACACACAGAGAUGAGAAUUCUGAAGUAGGUGUGUAUCACAAGCUUCCCUAUAGCAGUAAUGCUAACACAUUGGCACGCUCACAAGAAACCUCGAAAUAAAAUACGAGUUCCGGGCUCAUAUCUAAGUAUAUAUCUGCAUGGAUUGCUUUCAAGACACGUCCUACAGAGAGACUAAGAUGUAAAUGCAGCGUCACAUUCUAUAAAACCUCUGCAAAUUCAUAAUCACAAUUCAGAGAGGUCGCCGAAUAAAGAUGUACUACUUACGUGUGUCCAGAAGAAUCUUGGGUAUGUCGAAAAGGAGUCCAUAACAGCUCUGAAUGAAAAGAAGAAAAGAACGAAUGACUGGUUACUCAGUUCUAUACCUCGUGACUCGUGGAAAUCAAUUGGAGCUUCAUGGAUUGAGGAACGACUUAUUCGGGGGCCUCUAGUGGGGGGCGAAAUCUCUUCUAAUGGAUCCAAAGAGCAGUCUGAGCCCUCAUUUAGCAGCAAUCCGGCCGCCCUCGAACGCUUCGGAGCGAAAUAUUCCAAUAGUAAGUCCACCCCAGAAGUCAAAAGCGAUGUUGAGGUAUUACGGAAUCUCGACGCUGGGCAAAGAAAGGCCGACUCUCGAGAUACACCAUUUAAACAGAAACUUGGGUGUUGUGAAUGCGGCACCAGCGCAGCAAGGUCAAAGACCCGGGUCGUCUUGGCGAACACAGAAUGGCGGGGUGUCUUCUACCAAGGGCAGAAAGAGUGUGACGGGACCGGAUGACCCCAGAGACAAACCCGAAGAAGACAGCAACGAUGAUAACGACGACGACGACGACGACGAAAACGGACCCCGCCGACCACGAGUGAAGAACAAGGACCCCAAAGACGUCGAUUCGCGAUUCUUGGCUUGUCCGUAUUUUAAGCAUAACCCUAGAAAAUAUAUUGGCAGAGAAUGGAGGGGGUGUUGUGGACCCGGUUGGACGACAGUUCAUCGCAUGAAAGAGCAUAUUUAUCGGCGCCAUCGCCAAUCAAAAUUCAGGUGCGAGCGUUGCGGCGAACCAUUUGAAGAGAAAAGAACCCUAGCCGAUCACGUUAGAGCGAUCCGGCCUUGCGCGCUGCGAGAAGUGAGCCCUAUUGACGGCCUUGAUUCAGAGCAGGAGGCAAAGCUCAAAUCUCGAAAACGAACAGCGACUCCUUUAUCCGAAAACGAAAAGUGGAAGCAGACAUACCUAAUAUUGUUUCCUCAUGUACCCGAUAUUCAGGUUCCAUCCCCUUUCUAUGACUACGGAGAUGUACCUUCUAUAGGUAUUCAUGACUAUGAGGAAUAUUUUCAUUAUGAAAUGCAAGGCGAUCUAAAAACUACGUUAGAACAGGAAGUAGAAGCCAAUCUAAAUAUUGUGGAAGACGAGCCCAAACGAAGAGUGGUCCAAUGGUUCACACAGACGCAUCUCAGACUUCUAGAUGACUUCCGAAAAUCAAGAGAAUUAGAUACAACACCAUCGGCAAUGCCAUCUGACCGCGGGCCUUCCAAUACCGAUGAAGUGUAUCUCGAAGCACCCCGGGGAGCUUUCGGGUCCUCACAUACCUCUCUUGAUAACCUAACUACAACCAUCGAGCAACCAUUUACGUUUGGUAUUAACGAUGAUGAGCUCCCUGCUGGACCGCCAAUAUCCCAAUAUGAUUUUGAUUUUGAUUUCCGUUCGAUGCCCUCUCAACUAAUGGUCGAGCUGUCUUCAGAUGGACAAAUAGGCCGACCUUCCGACUCGGGAUACGGAUCAGGAAGUAUUCAAGGAAGCAAAACCUUCUCUCCGGAGAGUAACCAAUGAAAGAAUAGCAGUAUUCAAUGUCUUUCUGUGGUUUCGAGGAACUAAGACGCUGUCAAGUAUAUAGAGGGCGCUAGAUGCUUUCACAGAACUACAAAAUGACGGCUUGGUAUCUCAAUGUCAGAAUGUAGACUUCACACACCAUAUUAUCACAUAAGAAAGACAAUAAUCAAGUUGCAAUUCACCGGAAGGAAUGACAAUUUGGAAGCGAAU